CUUGGAAUAGGCUAUUCUGUCCAAAGUGGGAUUAAAAAGACAAGUGACAGGAUGCAAUUUAUGCUUUACCUGACACUCUUAGGUGUACUUGGCACCACCAUGGGGAUGAAUGAAACCACGAGGCGCCUAGCCAACGUAACAACAGAAGAGGGAGAAGUACAGCAAUGCUCAAACUGCGAGUUCAGAGAGCAGAGCAGACAAAUGAGACUCCACAACAUCAGAUCCCAAAUUCUCAGCAUUCUGAGGCUCGAGCAGGCUCCAAACAUCAGCCGAGAAAUGAUCAGGCAGCUCUUACCGAAAGCGCCUCCCUUGACACAACUUAUAGACCAGUAUGAGCAUCGUGUGGAGGAUGAGGAGCGUGCCACCACUGAAACGAUCAUAACCAUGGCAAAACCUGGACCAAUGUCACAACAAGAAGGAAUACCAUCUUGUUGUUUCUUCAAUCUCAGUCCGAAGAUUCGACCUAACAACAUUUUACAUGCACAACUUUGGGUGCACCUGCGACCAGCUGACACAGUCACAACUGUCUUCUUGCAAAUCUCCCGCAUAAAAGCAACCACUGAGGGAAACUCACGCAUACGGAUCCUCUCCCUGAAGAUCGAUGUGGCUUCUGGUGCAAGCUCUUGGCAAAGUGUAGACAUCAAUCAAUUACUCAAAACCUGGCUUCGUCAGCCAGAAACUCAUUAUGGUCUCGAGAUCAAAGCUUAUGAUUCGAAAGGGCAGGACUUGGCAGUCACGGUAGCGGAGCUGGGAGAAGAGGGACUGCAACCCUUCGUGGAGGUGAAGAUAUUGGACAACCUAAAACGUUCCCGGAGGGCCUCAGGCCUGGACUGUGAUGAAGAGUCCUCAGAGACACGGUGCUGCCGCUACCCCCUCACUGUUGACUUUGAGGCCUUUGGGUGGGACUGGAUCAUUGCCCCCAAACGCUACAAAGCCAACUACUGCUCUGGAGAGUGUGAGUACAUGCACCUCCAGAAGUACCCCCACACUCACCUGGUGAACAAGGCUAACCCCCGGGGUACCACAGGGCCCUGUUGUACUCCAACUAAAAUGUCCCCCAUCAACAUGCUCUACUUCAACCGCAUGGAGCAGAUCAUUUAUGGGAAGAUACCAUCUAUGGUGGUGGACCACUGUGGCUGCUCCUGAGAGGGAGGAUGAGAGGACAGGACAAAACACAAACACACACACACACACACACACACACACACACACACACACACACACACACACACACACACAGUGUUGUGUAAUGAGUUAAAAAGUUAUCCCAAAGUGAACCCUCUUACAAGAAUCCAUAAUAUUUUUGCAUAAAAGGCUACAAGAGACAUGUGGAGUUUGAAAAACAUGAACCCUUUGCUCUGAGUGAGGACAUGAACUGCCCAUACUCUCCCCCCUGAGGUUCGUUCCGCAAUGUGGCUGGAACUGCUAUAAACAUUUAAGGACACAACACAAUUGUCAUGGGAGUGCAAAAUCUGCACUGAAACAGAUGUCCCCGAUAUUGUGGAUCACAGGAUUUUGGAACAGCUUGGUGGUCCUCAGAACACAGUGUCACAUACAGAGCUAUUCUAUUAGCCUACAUGAAUUAAAACCAAAAAUGAUAUGGUCCUUAUGUAGCUAAUUGUUUUAGGCCUAUAGUCAUAUUAUAUUGUGAUCAGUUUAGCCUACAGAUUAUGAUAGGAAUAUUAUGUUUUGCAUUAGAGCUUCCCUAGUACUAUAUCAACUCAAAUACAUUUUUAUUUGUCACAUGCGCCGAAUAUUACUGCAGUGUUGGAGCUAGGAAAACAAGCAUUUCGCUACACCCGCAAUAACAUCUGCUAAAUAUGUGUAUGUAACCAAUAUUUGUAUUUUAUUUACUACUGGUGUAAACUUUAACGUGAAAUGCUUGCUUACAAGCCCUUCCCAAUGAUGCAUGAGUUUCCAAAUAAUAAUACAAAUAAAAUAGUAACACAAGAAAUAAAAUAAAAUAAAAUACACAAGAAUGGAGCUAUUUACAGAGAGUACCAGUACCAGAUUAAUGUGCAAAGUACAAAGUAUUUCAGGUAGAUAUGUAAACUCAGCAAAAACAGAAAUGUCCUCUCCACUGUCAACUGCGUUUAUUUUCAGCAAACUUAACAUGUGUAAAUAUUUGU